AUGUCAGGAUCUAAUGUUAAACUAAGAGCCCAAGAAAAAGAUAUCUUUGCAAAAAUAAAAGAACAAGCUAAAGGCAUAACUACAGCAGCAGAUAAUUUUAUAAAACAGUUUGAAAGAGGAGAUGAAUUUGUCUUUAGUGCAGAAUUAACAAAACAGUUUGUCUUGGCAGAGAUAAGUAUAUUGGUAAAUCCUGUACUAGAUGCCAAAGAGAAAGUUUUAUCUGUUCUUUUACUUGCACUUCUGAAAAAAUUUAACUAG